CGCUUCCAGCAGUCUCUCUUUUCCCCCCUCAUCGAUAGUACCAAUGUUGGCUCCAUCGGGACCAGCGCUUGCCAAGUUCCGUCACAUUAGCAUUGCGACGCGGCAGAUUCCGACCGCCAAGCUGCGCGAAUCGCUCAUGGAUCGCUCGGAUCUGUGCGACGGCGCCAUGCAGAAGCUCAUGGUCUGCUGGAAGCAAAACAACCACUUGGACAAGCCAUGCUCACAGCUGCUCGCCGAGUUCCAGACCUGCAUCAACGAAUUGGCUGUACCAAAAGCCGAGGCUCGAUCGGCUGCUCAGUUCUUCCUUCGUCACCAGAAGAUGUAGUUGUUUUCGUUAUGCUCAAUGUACCAUAGUUUUUCUGCUUCCCAGCAGCAGUUCUUUUUGUUUUGUUGAGCUCUGUCGGAUUGGAG